UAAUAUAUAUACCUCCUCUCUCUCUCUCUCUCUCUCUCUCACACACACACAACACAACACAUCUAGAGCCAUGAGACAGGCUGGAACCUACUCAGCUAUCCUCAUGGGUGGAAUAGCCGGGAGGACCGGCCCCCACUCGCUCCCACUGGCAAGGAUAAAGAAGAUCAUGAAGAGGUCGGGUGAUGAUGUGAAGAUGAUAUCCGGGGAGGCGCCCAUCGUGUUCUCGAAGGCAUGCGAGCUCUUCAUCGAGGAGCUGACGCAGAGGGCAUGGAUGGUGACCCUGCAAGGCAAGAGGAGGACUCUCCACAAGGAGGAUGUUGCGGCUGCUGUUAUGGCCACCGAUAUCUUCGACUUCCUCAUCCAGAUGGUGUCUGAUUCUAAUGGUGGUCAGAUGGCUCCAGCUGCAAAGUCUGACAGCAUGGUGGUGGAAAGAUAGGUGAAAGAAAUGAGAGGAUGCUCUUUGGAUUUGUUUAUCAGGUUUAUUUGCAACUCCUGGGCAUUAUAUUUUGACUGUAACUAAGUGCAGACUAUAAAUGGGCUCAAUAUAAAUUUGAAAUCUUUCAGUAAUCUUCCUUCCUAGGCUAUAUAUAUAUACCGACAAAUCCUACGAGAACUUCCCAAACAUGCUCUUUGUAUGAGAAACUUAGUUGGGGAGAAAUAGUAAUAGAGAAUUUUCUGACACAAUUCAUACGAUAGAAAGUCUUUUGAUCCCGCGCGUAAUUGCAGAACUGGCCAUGUUAGUCUUGUACUACUCUCGUUCAGGUGUAAUUAAAUCAGCUUGAAUGGUGUCUAGCCCAUGGCACACC